GUAUCAAACUCUUCAAUAAAGUGCAGCUUGUUAAAAUGCAAGUGCUAACAAUGCUUGCUCUCCUAGUGGUGGCAGCUAUCAGUGCAUUAGGAUCUGCUCGUUCUACUGGAGGAUCACCUUCUCUAAUUACUGAAGAGAAGGUUAAUGAUACUCUGGUUAGAUCAGUAUAUCUUCAAAUAUUACGUGGUAGAGAUGGUCGUGAUGGACUACCAGGAAGAGAUGGAGUGAAAGGAGAGAGAGGAGAUAGGGGAGAGAAAGGUGAAACUGGAGCAAGAGGAGACACUGGUCCUAAAAGUGGAGGAGUAGUGUACACUCGUUGGGGAAGGAAGUCCUGUCCUACUGGAGUUGAACUACUGUAUGAAGGAAUAGCUGGAGGUAGUUACUGGAAUCAACCAUGCAGGAGGAGGAGCUAACUAUGUCUGUCUACCAAAGGUUCCUCAAUAUAUGAGUACAUAUGUACCUCCUGCACAUUCUUACAUGCAUGGUUCUGAAUAUCAAGAUGUUAAUGGUAUAUUUCCAGGAAAAUAUGAUCACAAUGUUCCUUGUGCAGAAUGUUAUACAUCUACUAAGAGUGUUAA